GAAGAAGAAGAAGAGGAAAUUGGCACAACUAGCCACGGGAACUGUCAGUUGUUAAUUAUCAAGUUAAUACAGUGUUUAUUAUUAUGUGCCCCACGUGGUGUAGGAGUUGUAAUAAAGCGACAGAUCGGGAGCAGUCGCUGGUGACUUUGGAGGAACUGUUGCCAGAGCAGUACAGCCACACUGUGUGCAGCUUUGAGACGACGGGAGACAUCAAUUUCAAGGCAGCCAUAAAACUGAAGCUGUCCAGUGAGGAAGAGACAAAGAGAUGGCUGGAAGACUUCCAAAGAUCAUCAGGCUACACAUGGCGAAAGUCCAAAACGUACCCUAAUGCUGGGCGCUACAACAAGUAUCGAGUGGACUACAGGUGCAGGACAAUGAAGAAGAACACUUCUUGCCCAGCUACUCUGUUCCUGAUCUUGAAAAGGCAGCCAGGAUGUGGAGAACGGAAGUCGAGAUCUGGAGAUCCUCACAUGAAGGAGGGACUCGUCCUUCAUGUUAACUUGCGCAAUGAGCACAACCAUCAUGUUUCAUGUACUGCAGCCACGACGAGGAGAGAUGUUUCAAGGGAAACUGUUGAAAAGCUGAAAAAGCUUUUUGAAAGUGGCCACUCUCCUUCAUCAGCACUCAGCAUGCUGAAGUACGAUUUACAAGAGGAGGAACAGGACAAUUAUGUGUACGCUGCUGCAGAUCGUUCGGUCUGUCCAGAUUUGCAGUUUUGUUACAGACUGUACUGCAAACUGUUCAGAAAAGCAUACAGUGCAGCACCAGGGGAAGAGAUGUUCAAAGAUCUUGAACAAACCAUUGCUAAUUACAACAAGGAGCAAGGAGAUGUCUGUGCCAGGAUGUGCAAAACCACUGACAAUCAGUUGGUGAUUGCCAUUUGCACUCCAAUGAUGAGGAGGGUCCAUGCCAGGUUAAAAGAGAGUAGUGAGAUGGUGUUUGUGGACUCUACAGGGAAUUUUAACCGCCACAAACACCGCCUCUUCCUACUCCUCACGCAUUCGUCGGCUGGUGGUUUGCCUUUGGGUGUGUUUAUCACCACAUCUCAAACCCAGGCAACCAUUUCAGCUGCUGUGGAGCUGCUACAGACUGUCUUUCCACCUGACAGGUUCUUUGGCCACCCAGAGGGACCUCUUGUUGCAAUGACUGACAACUGCACCACUCUCAGACAGGCACUGCAUGAAGCAUUCCCCAAAGCCACACUGGUCCUUUGUGUGUCCCACCUCCUUCAGGCCAUGUGGAGAUGGCUGUGGAGCAGUUCAAAUGGAGUCCCUGUGCAGCACAGGGCCCACCUCCUGAAGUCCUUCAGAGGUUUGGUGUAUGCUUCCACACCAGCAGCUCUCAUGGAUGGUUACAACAGGCUGAUCGAGGACCACAUUGUCUCUCAGCACCCAAAGUUUGUGCGACACCUUCAGGAGGUCUUCAAGCAGCGAGAGGAGUGGGCCAUCUGCCUGCAGGUGCAGCUGUCCGCCAGAGGGAACCAGACCAACGACUAUGUGGAAAGUGCCAUGAGGGUGGUGAAAGAGAAGGUCCUCCACCAACUGAAAGCCUACAAUGUGACACAGUUGGUGAACUUUGUGGUCACAAGGAUGGAGGCACACUACACCCGCCGCCUCACAGACGUUGCCAACAAUCGGCUGCAAACUUCUCUUAAGAGGUUAUUGAAAACAGAUGGCAUCGGGACAGACUCUGUUGUGCAGAACGAUCGAGACAGCUACACUGUGGCGAGCUCAUCAAAUGCUGCAGUGUCCUACCAUGUCAACAUGGACAUCGGCUGCUGCACGUGUCCAGCAGGGAUUAUGGGUGGACACUGUAAGCAUCAAAGUACAGUAGCCAUGAUGUUUGGACAUAAUGACAGCGGCCUUCGUAGCUUGUCACCAGACACACGGAAGCUGUACUAUCAAAUUGCCACUGGAAGAGACAUUCCAGAAGACUGGUUGCAGACAUUGGUGCUGGACAAACCACCUGUGUCUGAGAGAGCUGCAGAAAUGUACUCCUGUCCUGCCACAGACACCGAUGCUGAAAGCUUGCUCGAGCCAAAGGAGUCAUCACUGAUCCAAACGCAUCCAAGUACCUCAGUGGAGACAGAUACCAGCGAACUGCCCCUCAAGGAAAGGCUGAACAGCAUGUUCCUGGACAUCACCAAGAAACUGGACAACCCCGACUUCACCCAUUCCAUCACUUCAUUUAUGAAGACUUAUGAAAACAUCAAAACAGACAGCGCCAUGGUCUCAGCUCUUUCCUCAUUUGGAAAGUCUCUCCAAACAAAAGCCAGAGGCUGCAAAAGACUGAGGGGCUACCUGCAAACCUCCACGCACAUCGGAGUACAGUCGACAGCUGUGUCCAGGAGGAAAACCUUUUUGGGUGGAAGAAGGGUCUCGAGCAGUGGACGACCACCAAAGCCGAUGAGAAAGGACCAUGCCUAUGGAAGAACUGGAAGAAAGGCAAGCGCUCCGCCUUCUGUUGUGCAAUGUGUGGAGGAGAGUAUGUGCCUUGGGGGGGGGCACUAACAAGCUCCCCAACCUCCCCAGAGGUCAGACACUCAUCUUCAGUGCACCUCAUCCUCCCCCUGCCAAGUGUUUGCACAUGGCAGUGCUGCUCACUGUUGAUGCUUUUUGUACUCAUAACUGUCUACAGUUUAUCUUGAAAACCUACACACGGCCCCUCACUGUUCAUAUUUGUCUGCAAAACCCUGCUGUCAGGCCCCGUUCCUCAGGUCAGAAAUGAGUCAGGACAGUCACUGUGGCUAAUAUAGCUGAUUGUUGUAGUACAUGCAUUCAUUCAGGCUUUGCUUUAUAACAUGAAACUGUGUUAUUUGACAUAGCUGAACAUACCAUUGGUAGGAAAUUGGACAGGGUAGAGAUCUCAGCACCUACAACCCUACAAAGUAAGCAGUGACGUGAUUACUGGUGGGAAUGUUUUGGUCUGACGAAAUAUUUUCAUUAAUAAUAAUGAAGUAAAUUGUUUUUGUUUUUCCAUUUGGAUCUACUCUGAGAUCAUGUAUUGUACUCUGUCUCUCAUAGUUUUCAGCAUUUUGUUCGAAGUAGACGCUUCAAAGUAUUGGUGUAACCCAGAAACAGUAUGUUGUUUUAUUCUGGAAUACAUUAAUAUCUGACAUUGCUGGGAAAAGAAUAUAAACACAGUGCCUUUUUCCUCAUCACCUUUCAAAACACAGUCACCAAAGAAUAUAACCCAAUGAUCUUAGGUUCAGCAGCCCAAGUCAGUUUAUUGGACAACUAUGCAUCGCCUGGAGAUAAAUCUUGGAGAGACAUUAGACCUAGUUUGCUACCUCAUUUUGGCAUCAUACCACCAUAUAUCAGUGUAUGUUUUUUAUCCGUGUCAUUCAGCCCUAAAAUACAUGUGACAAAAACUGUCCAUUAUUAGCCAUUUGUCCUCCUGAUUUCCCCCACUGUCUCUCAACCACAAUAAAAACUGGAACAAUUACUUUUUUGACAUUUUUGAAAGCAAUUUAUUUAAAAAUAUCUGUCUUUCUAACAUUCAACAAAAGCCAUUUUUAUUCUUUUAAACAGACAGUAUCCAUAUUUUGUGAAACUUUCAGUAAACAAAACAAAUACUAAAUAUCCAGUUGUACAUUUUACAUUACAGGCAGUUAUGGCAUUCAGUAGACUGAUGCAUGUUUCUGUUGGCUUGUUAGUGAAGGCGUUCCCAG